AUGGGGAUUCUAAGCCAGCUAUCAAUCAUUCACCUCCUCUGGGCUGCUAUGGUCUUUUGUCAAUACGAAGACUAUGAUUUUGAGGAUGAAUAUGAUGAGGAGCCAAAUCAUCAACAUCCAUAUUAUUUUAAUCCAAAUACACAAGCUGAAGUUCCUCGCUUUCCUUUUCCACUUCAGUGCGCCAGAGAAUGCUUUUGCCCACCAGCUUUUCCAUUAUCAAUGUACUGUGAUCAUCGUAAGCUUAAGACAAUACCAAAUAUCCCCAGUCACAUCCAACAACUUUAUCUGCAAAACAAUGAUAUUGAAGCUGUGCCUACAGGACCAUUCACUAAUGUUACCUUCUUAAGAGAAAUUAACCUCAGCUAUAACAAAAUUAAAUUUCAUAUGAUUGACCAUGGUGUGUUUGCCAAAUUUUCAAACUUAGUGCAACUUCAUUUACAACAUAAUGAAUUAGAAGAAUUUCCAUUCCCACUCCCCAGCUCUCUAGAGAGACUCCUCCUUGGUUUCAAUAAGAUUUCUCGGUUAUCUGGAAAUGCAUUGGAAGGAUUACCCAACAUAACCAUGCUUGACCUUUGCAAUAAUUUUCUUGACGACUCAGUACUCAAAGGAAAACCAUUUUCAAACAUGAAAAAUUUAAUGCAGCUCAACUUAUGCAACAACAAAUUACAGACUAUGCCUCCUGAUCUACCAUCAUCACUUAUGUAUCUCUCUCUUGAAAAUAACUCCAUUUCUUAUAUUCCAGAACACUAUUUCAACAGACUUCCAAAAAUCAUUGCUCUACGAAUGUCCCACAAUAACCUGCAGAACAUUCCACAUAACACCUUUAACCUACCUAACCUUCUAGAACUUAAUCUUGGACACAACAAAUUGAAACAAGUAUUCUAUAUUCCAAGAAGUUUGCAGCAUCUGUAUAUUGAAGACAAUGACAUUGAAAUCAUAAAUGUUACUUUGAUGUGUCCAUCUAUUGAUCCAAUGAACACCAACCAGUUAACCUAUAUACGAGUGGACCAAAAUAAGCUUACAAUUCCAAUAAGCACAUAUGCAUUCUUUUGCUUCCCUCACAUUCGAACCAUUUAUUACGGUGAACAAAAUGGUAAUGUCAACAAGUCCACUCAGCUAAGAACACCAGUGUUUCGACGAUUUUUAACACCGGAAGAAUAUGACGAAGACGACAAUCAUGAAACACAUGAUCAUGAAACUGAAGACGACCAUGAAGCAGAAGAGAACUAUCUUCAUCCUUACUUUCAGUGA